UUUUUUCUACUUUCCAUUCUUUUUACAAAAGACUAAGGAGCAAGAUGCCAUCAGUUACUUCAAAAAGUUUUUAAGACAAACCAACCCAUCUUUGGAGUGCAGGCUUUGCUAAUGGCUGAGUGCCUGUCUUCAAAGGAGAGCGGUCACCCUGGGCCCCUGGAUCCCCAUAUGUCUACCCCUCCCUCCGUGUUGAUCAAUCAAUGACACUUUCAGACAUCCAUAACUACAGUUUGAAAUGGGCUUUUCGGCUUUCGGUUCGGAGGAGGCAAUGGUGCAACUUUCUUCAGUCGUCCCGAAUCCAGGUUCAUCCGACACCAGCCACCUCCGCCAUGCCGCCCAACGAGAUCAAAGUCGUGUACUUGAGGUGCACCAGAGACGAGGUCCGCGCCACAUCCGCCUUGGCCCCUAAGAUCGGUCCUCUGCGUCUGUCUCCCAAAAAAGUUGGUGAUGACAUCGCCAAGACUACCGGUGACUGGAAAGGCCUCAGGAUUACAGUGAAACUGACCAUCCAGAACAGACAGGCCCAGAUUGAGGUGGUGCCCUCUGCCUCUGCCCUGAUCAUCAAAGCCCUCAAGGAGCCACCAAGAGACAGGAAGAAGCAGAAAAACAUUAAACACAGUGGAAACAUCACUUUUGAUGAGAUUGUCAACAUUGCAGGGCAGAUGAGACACCAGUCUUUGGCCAGAGAACUUUCUGGAACUAUCAAGGAGAUCCUGGGUACUGCACAGUCUGUGGGCUGCAAUGUGGAUGGCCGCCACCCUCAUGACAUCAACAGCGGUGCGGUGGAGUGCCCAGCUAGUUAAGAAGCAACAAGAAAAUAUUUAAAUAAAAGACUAUCUGGGGUUGGGGAUUUAGCUCAGCAGUAGAGCGCUUGCUAGGCAAGCGCAAGGCCCUGGGUUCGGUCCCCAGCUCCGAAAAAAAGAAAAAAAAAGACUAUCUGAUAAAAAAGAAAAAAAGAAAAUGGACCUUCUUAGUCACUGCCAUAAAUGAUUCACAGGCAACUUAGCCGCAGCCCCACCAUUAACGAAGUCCCAGAACAGUGGCUGUCUGUGGCCUGAUGUGCCAAGAUCCGGGUUCUGCAUAUUUAAAAAAUGUAAAGUAAUAAAGAAUGUCACUGGAGUUCAAAUAGAACGCGGCAGAGUAGAACUAUACAUGAGUUUUCUCUUUGAAAAGCAAGGAUUAUCAAAACCACCUCGUCUAUCCAACAGCCUGUGUGCUCCCUGUCUAGUGCUGGAGAAUUCGGGAGUCCAGUCAAACCCUUAAGAGUGUGGAAGGCCUUCCUGGCCCUAGCUUAAGGGACCAUAUGAUGUUAUACUAAUGAGUGUUCAAAGACAUUGUGACCCUGCCCAAGAAAAUCACCUCUCCGUGGUUUUUGUUGUUUUAGGUUUCUUGUUCUUUUGUUUUGUUUUGUUGUUUGGCUGUUGUUGUUGCUUUUAGUUUUGCUCCCUGUUGCCUCUAGCGGAUUAAAGGGGAGUGCAUGG